CCGGACACAGAGAGAGCAGGGAGUCGACGGCGGCGAUGAGCGGCUACCAGGACCUGCUGGGGGAGGACCCCUCGCCCACGACGCCGCGCAGGGGGGUGUGCUACCGCAUAGACCGGAACGCCGGGCGGUUCCAGCACCUCAUCGUGGCGCCGUGCUACCGCGAGGAUCCGCCCGUCGCCUACGUGGGAAGGCCAAUGGUUGAUUACGGAGUCUUCACGUCCAUGCCAAGUGGGAUGUUCGAAACCCACACUUUGCCGCCUGCUUUUGUGCCGAAGAAGGACAAGCAGUCUCUACCGAAGAAAGGUUCCGGUAUCCUGCUGCAAGAUGACAACGUAGAUUUAUUUUCAAGAGAAAAUUUAGACCUAUUUUCCAACCCAGUUGCACGAGACCUCCUGCUGGAUAGGGCAUGUUCGAGUGCCUUCUCAGAGGACGAACCCGUGAUAUUUCCCAAGGAACUUGAGACCCACAUCCUGCCAACAGACGGCGAGCUUACUCCUAUUUUAACUAAAUUUAGUUCAGGGAUUCUGCUGGAGAAGAACGAAGCAAAAAUCCUCACAAAAAAUAAACCAAAAACAUUUUCUAAGAAAGUUGAGACAGGGAGUUUUCCAAAAAAGAACACGUCAAAAACUGAUAAAACUUCCAAAAGAAAUGUAUUACCAGAGAAUAAGGCUACAAACAUGUUCGCAGAGAACGAUCUGGAAAAUAAUUCAAAAGAAGAUUUAGGCAUAAUGUCAAAAGACGAGACAAACCUUUUUUCAGAGGAGGCUAAGGAAGACACCCUGCCAGAUAAGGCCGAACUGAGUUCCUUCUCAAACAAAUCUCCUGAAAAUAUGUCGGUAAAUUCAAACCAAAGCAUUGUUUCAAAAUAUGAACCAAACAAAUCUCUCAAGAAGAUUGAGCCAAACAUAAUGCUACAGAAGGACGAUUUGGAAGUAUCUCAAAAGAAAAAAAAUACGGAAAAACUGAGAGAGUUGAGAAGACCAUCCAUGAUUCCGAAUAAGUUCAAGAAAGGCAACCUAAUGGAUGAUACCAUAACACGUACCAUAUCGAAUAAUGCGCCCAAAACAUCUCCAAAGAAGGUUGAUGCAGGUGCCCUAUCGGAAACGUACCAGCUAUCAGCCCCGAGGACGUUCACGCGAGGAAAAGCCGGUGGAGGUAUCACAGCGAAGAACCAGUCUGAGGGAACCCCAAGUGACGGUAAGCCAGACACACUGCCGGAAGUCCAGCCGACCAUGGGCCCUCGUAGGGUUGAGCCAGGCAUUCAGAAGAAAGUCCGGUUGGCAGAAAUCAAAUCGACCAUCCCCUCUGAAAGAGACGGGCCAGACAACUCCCGGAGGAAGACAAAGGCCGGUAAUCUUCAAAAUCGGGACAGCUCCCGGAAGAAGGCUGACGCUGGUGUUCGGCCGAAGAAGGACCGUCUGCCGGCAGAUGAAGCUUCACCCGGUGACGGGAGCUGGUGUCGGCACGACGACGACGACGACGUCACCGCCUCCUUCAUCGCCGUCCUGUCCACGCAGAUGUCCGAGCUGAUGUACACGUGCGAAUUCGCCAGCAGGAUCAUCGAGAGCACCGUCGACGUUGUGGACCUCAACGCCCUCGCAGUCAAGCGGGCGCUGAGGCAACCUUCUGCCAUGGUGGACGGUUGCCUCUCGUCUUCACACAUCUUCUGACAGAUCAGAAAAUAAUUUCUGUCUCUGUCCUUUAAAUCUAUCGCUGUUAAAUGAAUUUGUGAUGUUUCCAUCUAUGAUUUUUCAUCUCAUUUUAACAUUAAACACUUCUUUAUAAAAAAAA